UAUAAAAUCCGUCAUUUUCUCAAUCUAAACCCUAGUUUUUCUACAUUCUCUCCUCUAAAAUCUCUCUCUUCCACCUUCAUUGCGGCUAGGUUUUUUCGCUGAAGUUUGACUUGAGAUUUAACUAUGGGUAAGGAAAAGAUCCAUAUUAGUUUGGUGGUCAUUGGCCAUGUCGACUCUGGAAAAUCGACCACCACAGGUCACUUGAUCUACAAGCUUGGUGGUAUUGACAAGCGUGUGAUCGAGAGAUUCGAGAAGGAAGCUGCUGAGAUGAACAAGAGGUCCUUCAAGUACGCAUGGGUGCUCGACAAACUUAAGGCUGAGCGUGAGCGUGGUAUUACCAUUGAUAUUGCCUUGUGGAAGUUUGAGACCAACAAGUACUACUGUACCGUCAUCGAUGCUCCCGGACAUCGUGACUUUAUCAAGAACAUGAUUACUGGUACCUCCCAGGCUGAUUGUGCUAUCCUCAUUAUUGACUCCACCACUGGAGGUUUUGAGGCUGGUAUCUCCAAGGAUGGUCAGACCCGUGAGCAUGCUCUUCUUGCAUUCACCCUUGGGGUCAAGCAAAUGAUCUGUUGUUGUAACAAGAUGGAUGCCACUACCCCCAAGUACUCAAAGGGUAGGUACGAAGAAAUCGUCAAGGAAGUCUCCUCAUACCUCAAGAAGGUUGGUUACAACCCAGACAAAAUCCCAUUCGUUCCCAUCUCCGGAUUUGAGGGUGACAACAUGAUCGAGAGGUCCACCAACCUUGACUGGUACAAAGGACCAACCCUUCUUGAGGCUCUUGACUUGAUCAACGAGCCAAAGAGGCCCUCAGACAAGCCCCUCCGUCUUCCACUUCAGGAUGUGUACAAGAUUGGAGGUAUUGGAACGGUGCCAGUGGGACGUGUUGAGACUGGUGUGUUGAAGCCUGGUAUGCUUGUUACCUUCGGUCCCACUGGACUGACCACUGAAGUUAAGUCAGUUGAGAUGCACCACGAGUCUCUUCCAGAGGCUCUCCCCGGUGACAACGUUGGGUUCAAUGUUAAGAAUGUUGCUGUCAAGGAUCUCAAGCGUGGUUUCGUUGCUUCUGACUCCAAGAAUGACCCUGCUAAGGAGGCAGCCAACUUCACUGCCCAGGUCAUCAUCAUGAACCAUCCUGGACAAAUUGGAAAUGGUUAUGCUCCAGUGUUGGACUGCCACACAUCUCACAUUGCUGUUAAGUUUGCUGAGCUCGUUACUAAGAUCGACAGGCGUUCAGGUAAGGAGAUUGAGAAGGAGCCUAAGUUCUUGAAGAAUGGUGAUGCCGGUAUGGUUAAGAUGAUUCCCACCAAGCCUAUGGUGGUGGAGACUUUCGCAGAGUACCCACCCCUUGGUCGUUUUGCCGUGAGGGACAUGAGGCAGACUGUUGCCGUUGGUGUCAUCAAGAAUGUUGAGAAGAAGGACCCAACCGGUGCCAAGGUUACCAAGGCUGCUCUGAAGAAGAAGUGAAUGGGUUUUCAACUAGCUGAGGGAUUUGAGGCAGAUUAUCUUUGCAGUUAUGAGUAUAAAAACUUGUUUUCCUUUAGUACUUGCUUUGUGUUUUUCCUAGACUUGUGUUCUCUUUGUCGUAAACUUUUAUGGCCAGUGUUGUCUGGCACCUAUUCUCAGAAUUGGGUGUUGGAUCGACGGUGGCAUGAUUUUGGUCUGUGUUUCGUGUCUUAAAAAACUGUCAUAUACCCUUUGAGGUAUAGUUUCAAAAACUGCAUCUGCCAUUUUCGGUUUAAAGUACUUUCUCAAGAAUCUUUCUUGCCUGAUUAAUAUUUGAAAUUUGGUAAUGGUGUUGUUGGAAUGUUA